CGAGGCACUACGGAUGAUCACUUGGGAUCAGUGGACUGUGCGACAAAUGCUGCGGCAUCGACCUACCAGUCACUGCUGCCAGCUGCACAAAGUAGUAAUGGUCAUGGAUACUCGUUCAGGCCAGACAUGUUGGAAAGAGGACGUGAUUUCGGUUUCCAAAGUAACGUUGCGAAAGGUCCGUGGCAGCCGACAUAAAUUGGCGACCCGUGGGAACGGAUAACUGAUCUACGCUUCCAAAUUGGGUCAACAAGGUUCGAGUUGAAGCAGUAUAGAGGAAGACUGACCAAACGAAUAGUGCCGCAGUAUACAUUCAACUCUCUCUUCUGUCUUGUACCCCCAGCAGCACGAAAGCAUCUGUGAUCAAAUUCCUAGCUGCUCGCUCAACAGCCCACGGUCAUAUUUCAAGUUCUGAAAUUCUAGGCCACGGGUGCGUGCAACGGCAAGCUCCAACUCAUUUUGCCUAGGGUUCUCGAGUAGUAGCUAGAGCCUAGAGCCCAAUCUUUAUGGAAGGGAACUGCUUGAGAGACGGCUCUGAUGGUGACCCAUUGGACCUUAUUGGGGCACCCUUCGCUGUGAUAGAAUCGGACCCCGGCGUGUUUACGAUGCUCAUGCGCAAACUAGGCGUCCAUGGCCUUGAGGUCAUGGAACUGUAUGAUAUUGAGCCAUGGGCGGUGGACCACCUUGAUCCUCACGGCCUCAUUUUCUGCUAUCUCUGCGCCGACGAGAACGGCACUGAGGACGAAGAUGUUCAGGAUGACUGUGAUGCCCCAGAUCCUGACGCACAAGAUAUCUGGUUUGCAAACCAGCUGAGCGAUGAUGCCUGUGCAUCUCAGGCAAUGCUCAACAUUAUUUUCAAUUGUCGGGGCGUCCAGUUAGAUCCAAGCCUUCACCGUUUUCAUAUGGAUACCGAGAAGAUGAGUUGGGUGAUGAAGGGGUUGGCAAUCACUAACUGCCAAUUCAUUCGCGAAGCGCAGAAUUCAUUAGCUCGCCCCGCAGAUCUGCGCGCCGCGAAUCACUCAAUAGCUACGAAGAUUUCUAAAGAGAUGAAACAUAAAAAUGCGAGUACAGCGACGCCGGCAAGCAAGAAACGGAAAUCCACCACUAAAACUAACCGGGGAAAGAAACAACAAAAGACAAAAGAGGACCAACAAGACACAUUCCACUUCAUUGCUUAUGUACCUUGCGAUGGCAAAGUUUGGGAAUUAGAUGGACUACGUAUAUCGGGGCCGCUAGAAGUAGGCGAAAUUUCCGAUGCCGGAGGGCCCUCGGGGAGGCAAGGGUGGAUGGAUGUCGUUCGCCCGGCAUUGAAGCUGAAAAUGCAGAGACAUCUCUCAGGAGAGGCACGGGAACAAAUCCGGUACAACCUGUUGGCCAUUGUGGAUGAUCAGUAUAUGAAGUUUAGUGAUGCAUUGGAGAUGCAGAAGAGAGAGCGUAGUGCUCUGGAACGAAGACUGGAUAAAGAGUAUCCCAAUAGCUGGUCAGACAAAGUCAACGAAAAUCUCCUUGUCAAUGCUUCUCAGGUCUUCUCUACCUCUGUUCAUUCUUCUGAUUUGGGGCCGACUUAUGCUCAGGACUUUGGGUCACGCAAGAUGGUCAAGGAUAUGAGUAUUUUGGAUAUGCCAGUUCGGAGUCUUCCUUCGGCAUGGGAGGCAUGCGUUCAAGCGGCCAUGGCAGCCAAGGUUUCUGUCGAAGAUGAGAUCACGAAGUCCAAGAAUAUGAACGUGAGUAAAUUCCUCCUGAAACGAUCGUUGCACUCGUUGAUACUGUGUGUAGGCGGACUUCAUUCGGCGAACCUUUGACUACGAACCUUUUAUUCAGACCUUCGUCACUUGUUUGCAGGAGGAGGGUCUUCUACAACCGAUCCUAUCCGGCCAACAACCUUCAAACAAUGAACCAUCGACUGCUAAGGCGAAGUCAAAGCCUAAGAAGAGAUCGAGACGUUGAGCACUACAAUUAGCAUGUUUCUCACCCUUAUCAUAGCGUGUAUGUUACUUUUAUGCCACUUUUAAAACUGACGCUAGUGGGGGCAUAAGCAAGAGUUUUUCCAUUUACAACGUUUGAGAAAACCAUCACCCUUCAAUUUCAAAUUCGCGAUGUUCAAAGUGCGCGAGUUCCUGUCAGUCUCUUCCGUUGCGCAUAGAAAAUUGGGACAUC